AUGAGCUCCGCGCCAGCCGACAAGACCAACGCCGCUCGCGCCCCGCAGCGCCUCACAUUGGAGGAGAAGGUCUGGUACGACCGACGACGGAGCGAUAUCGAGUACUGCUCAGGCGUGGGAGGCGCGCUAGGCGGCGCUGUGCUCGCCAGUGUCACCGCUAUUGGUCCAUUCCCAAGACGAGUGCAAUUCCUCGCCAUUGUUGGAGGCAGCCUCAUUGGUGCCGGCGCCGGCUAUCUCUACGCAGACACCAAGGCGCUCGAACGUGUACAGGACCUCAGCGCCAGCAGCAAUCUACGCAACCAGUACCAGCAAAUGUAA